AUGGCCGAGCCAAUUUCCUCCACCUUUUUUAGCCCAUUCCCUCAUCGGAAAAACACGGCAGACCUCUUUAGCAUCGCAGAGUUGGUGCUUGGGAAGAUAGCCUCCAUUGCCCUCGAAGAAGCCAUCGAGAUUUAUGGUGUUGAGAACCAGAUCAGCGAGCUUAGAGAGACGUUGACUACCAUCAAGGCAGUGUUGUUAGGUGAGGAGGAUCAACAGGCAAAGAAGCGCAACCUGCAAGUGUGGUUAGAUAAGCUUGAAGACAUAUCCUACGAUGUGGAGGAUGUGUUCGAUGAACUCGAGUGUGAAGCCUUAAGGAAGCAGGUGAUAGGUCGCUAUGGGGGCGUCAAAGAGAAGGUACUCUUCUUUUCCCUCUCUAAUCCACUGAUACUCCGUGACAAACUCAGUCACAGAGUCAAGGAGAUAAAGAAGAGAUUAUCUAGAAUUUCUACCGAGAAAGAUCAAUUCGAUCUUAAUGUGGAGAGUGCUGACGGUGGCGUGGCACAUAUGCAUUCACGCGAGGUGACUUACUCGUAUGUAAACAAGUCGGAUGUCAUCGGAAGAGAUACUGAUAAAGAAAAGAUAAUUGAGAUGUUGAUGCAGCCAACAUAUGACAAAAACCUCACAGUGAUUCCUAUUAUUGGAAUAGGAGGUGUGGGCAAGACAACCCUAGCAAAAUUAGUUUACAAUGACGAUGGUGUGAAAGAGAAAUUUGAGUUGCAACUAUGGGUGUGUGUGCCAGAGGACUUUGAUUUAAAGAAAAUCAUUGAAAGAAUUAUUGAAGAUGCAACUGGUCAAAGUUUGAGUAACCUUGAUAUUCAGCAGUUGCAAACUCGUUUGCGAGACACCAUCAAAGACAAAAAAUUUCUACUUGUCUUGGAUGACGUAUGGAGUGAUGACCGCCGUAGAUGGAAAGAAUUGAGAGAUUUGCUUAGUGUAGGAGCUAGUGAAAGCAAGAUAAUCGUGACAACACGCGAUUCAGAAGUCGCUUCUAUAAUAGGCACUCAUCCGGCACAUUAUCUAGAAGGUCUUUCUCAUGAAAACUCUAUGGCCUUGUUCAAAAGAUGGGCAUUUGUCGAAAAGGAAAAGGAGCCUCGUCCUGAACUCCUUGAGAUUGGAAAUAAUAUUGUUGAAAAAUCACAAGGAGUGCCUCUCCUUGCGAUAAUUUUGGGAAGUCUACUUCAAAGAAAGGACGAAGAAUGGUAUUGGGCAUAUAUAAGAGAUAGCGAAGCAAGUGAGUUAAUGGAAGUAAAAAAGGUCAUUCUGCCAGUACUUAAGCUUAGCUAUGAUAAUUUACCCUUCCACUUAAAAAGAUGUUUUUCUAUCUUAUCACUUUUCCCCAAAGGAGAUGAAAUCAAGACCGGGAAAUUAACAAGGCUAUGGAUAGCUUUGGGACUCAUUAGUCCAACAAGGCAAAAACAAGCACCAGAAGACGAUAUUGGUGUUGAGUACGUGAAAGACUUGUGGAGGAGAUCUUUGAUCCAAGAUGUUGAGGAGUGCGGAUCAGAAUUAUGUUUCAAAGUGCAUGAUUUGGUCCAUUCUCUUGCAACGAUUGUGGGACAAAAUUGUUCUACUGUUGACUUAGAUACUCCAGAGAUUUUAGAAAGAGUUCGGUAUGUUUCGAUCCGUACUGCUUCAUUAGAGGAAAUUUCAAACUACGAUGGAGUCCCACCUUUUCUGAGAAAAGAAACUUCAAAGAGGCUGGGUGCAAUUAUGUUUCAAUGCCAAGUUGAUGAUGGAGUUAUUACUAGAAAAUUUGCUAGAACAUGCAUCUCCAAGUGUAACCACUUACGGUAUCUCGACUUGUCAUAUGGUAGCUUUGAGGAGCUGCCAAGUUCCAUAUGCGACUUGAAGCAAUUGAGAUCAUUAAUUCUCUCUGAGAACAAGCGAUUGAAGAAGCUUCCAGACACCAUUUGUGAGCUGCAGAGUUUGCUACAUUUAGAUGUUAGUGGUUGCUCGGAGCUAGACGAGUUACCCAAAAAUAUGAAAAGGCUUGUCAAUCUUAGUUAUCUAUAUAUAACAACAAAGCAGAAGAACCUACAAGAAAGCGGAGUACAAUAUCUGGAAAACUUGCAAUUUUUGGGAGUCAAGGCAUGUGAAAAUCUCCAACUUUUGUUUGAAGGUAUGUGCCGACUGAUUCGACUUCGGGAGUUACUAAUUGAAAAUUGUGGGAGACUAAUAUCUCUACCUUUUGGGGAAUUAAUCUCCCUAGAGUGUUUGUCCAUUGAAAGUUGCCCGCUCAUGUUGAUCCUGAAAAAGUCCAGCUUUCCUUCGCGUCUUCGUGUACUAUCAAUUACAAGUUUCGAACAAGUGAUGGAGCUGCUCCAAUGUCUCAAUGAAUCUGCUUGCACUUUGAAAUCGCUUUGCAUCUAUGACUGCCCAAACUUCACGGCUAUACCCGAAUGGCUUCCCAAUCAUAUACAUCUCAGGGAAAUUCGCUUGAUCCGAUGUCCCAAUUUAUCGUCCAUGCCAGAAGGAAUCCAAUCUCUCACUGCCCUCAAACAAUUACACAUUCUACAUUGUGGUGAGCUGAGCAAAAGAUGUGACCCUCAAUCUGGCAAGGAUUGGUACAAAAUUAGUCAUGUUCCUCGAAUCAUACUUGAUUCAAAACAUAUACAAAGGACGGAGAAUUAGAUGAGCUCCCAUGAUCUAUUUGCCGUGCCAUGUGGAUCGCUGCAAAGAUUUGAACGUGUCCUCAGCUAAUCCUUCGUCACUAUCUUUCCUUUUUGAGAUGAAAACAAUGGCCGUUGAUAUUGUACUUGUUACUUUCUUUCCUUGAAUGAGCGGUGCUGUAUUAUUUGUUUGUGUUUGUAUUGCAAAUUUCUCUAGUGGGAAAAUACUUAU